UUUCAUCUAACGGUCAAAGGCACGAGCUGGUUGGAACAAAAGAGAAACAGCCAAUCCAACUAAUCACAUAAUAAAAGAGUGUAUCUGUCCUCUCUCUUCCACAGUGGGUGUAUAACAAACAAGAGAAAGAAGAAUAGCAGAUAGCUAUGGCGUUGGAGGUUAAGGCACUGCCUUUCACAUUUGUAGCGCACGCGCUCGGAAUUAUAGGUGCGAUUAUGGUUUUAGUUUGGUGUAUAGACUUUAGAGGUGGCCUGGCAUGGGAAGCUGUCAACAAAAAUCUCAUCUUCAAUAUUCAUCCCGUUCUGAUGCUAAUUGGACUUGUUAUCAUAGGGGGCCAAGCCAUUAUGAGCUAUAAAUCUCUUCCUUUGAAGAAAGAGCAGAAGAAACUGGUGCAUCUGGUUCUCCAUGCCAUUGCACUAAUUCUAGGUUGUAUUGGCAUCUAUACGGCGUUCAAGAAUCAUAACGAGAGCGGCAUUGCCAACUUAUACAGCUUGCAUUCCUGGCUUGGCAUCACGAUCAUCUCCCUUUAUGGCAUUCAGUGGAUAUAUGGAUUCAUUGUAUUUUUCUUCCCUGGAGCACCCGCUGCGGUUAGGAGUGCAUCUCUGCCUUGGCAUGUGAUAUUUGGGGUGUUGGUGUAUAUAUUGGCAGUUGCAAAUGCUGCAUUAGGGUUCUUGGAGAAGCUCACAUUCCUUGAGAGUGGAGGACUUGCCAAAUAUGGCUCUGAAGCCUUACUUGUCAACUUCACUGCUAUUGUUGCUAUAUUAUAUGGUAUCUUUGUCAUAUUGUCAACUUUUAGUCAGGGUCCGCCUGUAGAAGAUGAUUAUAGCUAUAGUGCUAUAUGAACGGAUAGCCCCCUGUAUCAAAAUCAAAUAUUUGAGUGGGAGCUAGGAUAUCUCUGUGUUGUAUUUAUAUUCUUGUAUCUUGUAUGUGUUAAUUUGAGUAUAGUAUUGUUUGUUUUA